UUCAAUCAGUUCACAUGCCCUGGUUUGCAUUGCUAAAUCAUAAACGUACGCCCUAAACUGUUUCCAACUUGGAAUUAAAAUACACAGUUGGUCCUCCCACCAAACCAUUCACGGGCUCAAUUAUAUGCAUACAGAAAUUUCUUUCUUCUUCUUCCUUUUUUUUUUUUUUGGUAUAAUGUAUAUUGAAAAUGAUUCAGAUGGUUCAGAUGGGCUACAACUACAAGUACUACCAAGCAGCCAUUACGAGAAAUGAUCAAUAGAAGCUUCUGUUCCCAACAUGCCAUUUGCUACCAUUUUUGCUUCCGUGGAUGACAAAAUGUUUCUCUUUCUUCUUCUUCUUCUUCUUCUUGCAACUUUAUGCGUCCAGCCGCCCCUCGUCCUGCUAGCUCAACCCCUACAACCCACCUCCCAUAUCACCGUACAAGGUUCAGUUUUCUGUGAUGCAUGUUACGAUAACACUUUCUCGCGGAGCAGCUACUUCUUGCCAGGUGCCCAAGUGCAUAUUCAGUGCAAAUUUAGAGCAAUCUCGCCCGGAACAACCGAACAGAUAACCUUCUCAGUCAACAGAACUACGAAUAGACAUGGAAUUUACAACCUGGACAUACCAUCCGUGGAGGGAAUUGACUGCACCGGACACCCGGAUAUUCAAUCAUUCUGUGAAGCAAGCUUGAAAGGGAGUUUAUCUCCGGCUUGCAGCGCUCCGGGGCUUAGGAGAACAACUAAUGAGAUCACAAUCAAAUCAAAACAGACCAAUCAAUGUAUAUACAGCCUGAGUGCUCUCAGUUAUAGACCAUUUACUAGGAAUGUCACCUUAUGUGGGAAUAAAAAGACGAGAUUGCCAUACUCUUUCAAUUCCUCCAAGUUUUUCUUACCUUAUUUUCCUCCCUACUAUGGGAGCAUUCCAUGGCCCCCUUUGCCCCAGUUUCCACCUUUGCCUCAAUUGCCCCCAUUUCCAUCAUUCCCCUUCCCUCCCCUGCCACCAUUACCAUCUCUUCCUCCCCUGCCGCCAUUACCAUAUUUACCUCCGUUUCCAUCGUGGCCUUUCCCUCAAGUACCAUAUCCUAGCCCUCCUCCAUCACCACCGUCCUUCACAUUCCCUCCUCUUCCUCCCUUCCCUCAAGCACCUCCCCUGCUUCCUCCACCUGCAUCUUAUCCUGGAACUUGGAUACCUAAUUAUCCUCGAUUUCCUCCUCCCCCACCACCAGUACCACCAAAAGUUAAUCUUGGAGACCCAAGAACCUGGAUACCGUACCAUCGUCCAUCUCCUCCCACAACCCCACAAGAACAGCACCCAUAGAUACCAGCUAUAAAAUCUCACCUCACCUCCGCUUAUCUACGGCUUUACUAUAAAAGAAAACAGGUGUCGACUAGUGUCGGGUAAUCAUAGUAAAAUAUAGAUUUCUUCAUGAGUUCAAGAAAUUGGCGAAAUGAUAAAAUAAAUUGACUGCAUGGUUUUUUUUUUUAAA